AUGGCCUCGAAUCGAAACACCAUCCCUCCUCCGGUGCCUGAAGUCCCACAAGCCACGGGGCGGAAUAUGGAAUUGCCCACCGAUCUGGAUGCCAUCACCGCCAUUCUGAGCGCACAGGUCAGAGAAGUGGCACGACUGCGUCAACGAGUUGUAAUGGUCGGCCAUUUCGACCGGCGACGACGUAUGAUGGAUAUGCUGGAUGAUGAAGAAACGUGGGGAUCUGGAUCUGCGUCUGCAUCAACAUCUUCUGAAUCCGAAUCUGAAUCCGACUCUGAUUCCGAAUCCAACUCUGACGACGAGACUGCGAGCCAUGCGUCAAGACGGCCAGGCAGUGACGACUCAUGGCGCUACCUCUGUCUCUUCACCAUUCUUGAUCUCCAUACAAUCGCAAACGCAAACGCAAACGCAAACGAACCUGUGAAUAUGGCCAGUGAAGAACGACACUCAAGAACAAGGAACACAAACAAUGACGCCGAGCAAGCCACAACAACUACUACCACCACUACUCGUGCCCGAGAAUACCUCCUCUCCCUCGAGCUCUGUUCGGACAUGGAGCCCACGCGGCACCGCAUUGUCCUGCCAGACGCCCACUUCACGCUGAUUCUGCAGUGGUUCAUGGACGGCGUCAGACCGGUCGUGAAUAUCCGCAACUUCUGGGAGCGGCGGGGCCAUACCCAUGCGCUGUGGCUGGUCGGGCAUGACUACUUUUCGCCACGGUGCUGGGGGCCUUGUCGCGAAGAGUGUGGCGGGCCGGACUCCACGGCUGAGGCGCUGGAAGAUUUGCUGGAUGAGGAGGGCAUUGUUGUGGAGCGUCUGAGUUUGUGA